GACCUGAACUUUCCACCUCUGGGAGGGGCCUGCGCGUUAAGCACCUCCUCACGACACGCCUGAUUGGUGGAGCAGGUUCCGUCUGUCACGGCAUGGCAGCCAAUAUGGAGGCCUUGGAUUGGAAGCAUUGACUGCUUUGUUGGAGUUUAAACUUUGCCCCACAGCAGAGUCGUGCAGAGACGCAGAGGCGAGGAGUCACGAUGCUCCAAGGCACUGGUGUCUAACAAGGAAAAAGACAUUUUUUCCCCCCCAUCUCAAUACUUGAGUUUUAUUCCAGCUGCCACUUUGGAACCUGUAGGAUGGCACAUGACCCAAACAAGGGUUACGAUGGGAUGGAACUCCUCGACCUCUUAUUCGAUCAGACGGACGGAAUCCUGCGUCACGAGGGAAUAGUGAGCCCGAGAGUGUGGUCAGUGCAAAAUAACAUCAUGCAUGACAGCACUGUCCUGUCAGCCUACAGUCAGUUUCCCCCUGUCCUGAGUGCUGCGGACUGUGGCAGCAGUGACACCUUCAUGGACACCCUGCUGAGCCGCAAUGACUCUCUCUCCGCCUCGGGGUCCCCCUUGUGGUCUCCCUCACCCAGUGACAGCGGGAUCAGUGAGGACCCCCCUUCAGACCACAUGGACAGCCCCCCACCCCCCGAGAGUCCCCCACUGGAGACCCAGUGUUUCCACAGCCCCCCUGUCCGCACGGUCGCUCUGGAACACAUGGAUGGCGAUGUCUCCAUCAAUCUGGAUGGCUGGGAGGCGGGCUUCUUCCCGGAGAAUACUGCUCAGAGGGCCCAGCUCUCCAUGGGGACGCCACUCACUAUCAAAGACCUGCUGCUUUCUGGCACCAGUGAGCCGCCCCAGCAGUCUGCCCAGCAGUCCUUCCAGGAGCUGGUCCUCAAUGACGACGAGAAGAAGCUGCUGGCGAAGGAAGGCGUGAGCCUCCCCACUCAGCUGCCCCUCACCAAGUUUGAGGAGAGGAUUCUGAAAAAGAUUCGGAGAAAGAUCCGGAAUAAGCAGUCAGCCCAGGAAAGCAGGAGGAAGAAGAAGGAAUACAUCGAUGGCCUUGAGGGGAGCAGAAUGGCAGCCUGUAACGCACACAACCAGGAACUCCAGAGAAAAGUCCUGCAACUGGAGAAAACCAACACGUCUCUGGUGGAGCAGCUGCGCAGGCUGCAGGCACUGGUCAUGAAUGGCUCCAAUAAAAUGGCUCAGACUGGCACCUGCAUCUUGGUGCUGCUUCUGUCCUUCUCUCUCAUCCUUUUUCCCAGCCUGGAACCCUUCUCCUCCAGCAGGAUCAGCGAAAAGACAACAGACUUCAGUGCAGUCAGAGUCCAGUCACGGUCACUGCACUCUGUGGUUGAGGCACCGCAGACCCUUCCGGCGUUUUUGGUGGAUCGGGGAGUCGAGGCCGUCGGAGCAUUGCUGGCUAAGAUGCAACUGAGGUCAGAUUUCCCAGAAUCCAGUGCCAUCCCUCACAAUCAUACCCUGGAGGAGCGACAUAAUCGCCAUGGAGACCCCAUCACGGGUCACGUUGCCACGGUGACCUGGCCCACAGCACAGGACACAACACUUCGUCCGCAUGCCGAUGAUAUGUAAGGUUUGACAAAAAAAAAAAUAGGUGUAAAUUAAUAUCACAGAGGACUUAUUUUUCUGUCUUUCCUCAUCCUUCUCUACAAAUGCAGAAUAUUGAUCUAGGACCUUUGCCUGACAAAAAUGUACAUACUUAUAGCUGCUUUUAAAUCCAAUCAAACUGAAAGUGUCAUUAUGAGGCUCAUCAAUCUCCAAAGGAGAUUUGACACAAAGCAUUGGGUCCCAAAGAAGUGAUUUUAGGGAGACAGACAUUUGUUAUUAUAGUUUUUACAUUUUUUGUUUGUUGUUUCUUAUGUUUUGUCAAAAUUUUACUAACAGUAUCAUGAUAUGAUGGUGAUUUUUCUAAGACAGUCGAGGGGAUAAAUUAAUUAAAUGAUGCAUUGGGAUGGCAAUGUGUUAAUUUUCUUUGUGCAAACAAAUUCUGGUCCAACGUCAUGCAUGAACAAGAUCAGUAGGAACCUGGGUUCUGCUGAAAACAUUCCUUACAUGAAGUGCUUAAGCGUAGUUUGGAAAAACUCCAUGAAAAUUCUGUGGACUGAUUUCAUUAACUGGUGUGUUUCAUAUGUUGUGUAUGAAUACUCUCUGUCAAGCCUGUGUGUCCAUUGGAGUAUCACAGGAACUUCUGUCUUAUGAAAAUGCAGGAAAAAUAAUCCAUGCUUUCACUCUUUCUUUAGAACACUGUAAAUAGAAUGUAAAAAAAAAAUACUGGGUCACUGCGGUAGGAGCCAUUCUAACAGAGAAGAAUAGGAAGGUCCUGAUUAAUUGGCAGGUGAUGGACAGGAAGCAGAAGUGUCAGGGAUGAUGCUAAUUAGUUGAUCGCUUUGAUAAUCGGCAUCUAUGUCUCCAUCUUUUUCUGUGUGUGUAUUGUAUCUAUACAUAACCCUAUAUAUAUAUGUAUGAGUAUAUGUGCACAUAUUCUGUCUGUAACUGCAUGUUACUAUAUCUGCAGGUGUGUUAGGGCCAAGGCCUGGAGCCAGAAAUCAAUUUC